AUGGCGCCCGCGAUCGGGGAGGAUGCCAAGUUGGCAAGCUCCACGCUCUAUGAGGAAAAUGUGCAUUUUGGCACGCACUUGGAGGUCUGGGGGAGCUGGUAUGACACAGAGAAGAAGUGUUGGGGAUAUGCCUGCUGCAAGGGGACAAGGCAAAGACAAAGACGCUGCCCAAAGACAGCCCCGCUUGCAGAAGGAGAAGUGGAGGAGGAGGAUGACUUGGAGGUCAAGGUCAGCCGCCGCCUAGCAGAGCUCUUGGAGAAGAAUCCCAGUUUUUGCGGGGACGUGCCGACUCCUGACCAGGAGAAGAUUUGGUCGGACGUGGAGCUGCGAAACUAUGUCCACAGCAACGGCCUCAUCCGCCCAGCAAGGACAAAAGGCCAGCAAAAGCCUGAGCCCACGGCUGCCGAUUGGAAGGUGCUAGAGCUGGAGCCUGGCACAGACCCUGCCCAGCUCAAGAAGGCCUACAGACGUCUUGCUCUAAAGUUCCAUCCAGACAAGCACCACGGGGACAAGGACAAGGCCACUGCGACGGAGAAGUUUCGCAAGGUGGUUGCCGCGUACGAGGCCAUUGCUGGGCACGUGGCAGAGAUUCCAGCGGUUGCUGCAACGACUGAUGGCGGCCAGAAGCGUCGCUGGCGCAUCGUCGUUGUGGAUUAA